AAGUCACUGUACUGAGCAGUUUGAGCCUGGAGAAUGCAACUUUUUGCUGUGCAUCACAGACAACGACAGGGCGUGACGUGGGCUGAGAUGAUCAACAUCAAGACUUUCGGACAGAUUCCUAAGCCAGCUUGAAAAGGUUCAGCAGAAUCUCUUCUUCUGUUUUAAGGUCUUCAGUCUUCACAACUCUACUAAGCUCUAACAAAACUACGUUUGCCAUGAGUUACCCCGGUUACCCCCCAGCAGGUGGAUACCCGCCCCCAGCCCCAGGGAGCAGUCCCUGGGGCGGUGCUGCGUAUCCACCCUCCAAUCUGCCCCCGAUCGGCCUGGAGAACGUGGCUGGCUACGCGAGCCAGCUGAACCCCGGCUACAUGGCCGGCAUGGCCUCCAGUAUGGCAGGGACCUUUGGGGGAGCCAACAUACCGCAAGGCGCGUACCCCUCGGCGCCUGGCGGGUAUCCCCCAGUGCCCCCAGGUGGCUUUGGGCAACCUCCCUCUGGACAGCAGCCCUCCUAUGGGAUGUACCCUCCCCCGGGGGGCAACCCGCCCUCGGGAAUGCCGGCUUAUCCUGGAUACCCGGGCGCUCCGGCGCCAGGACAGCCCGUGGUGCCCCCUGCCCAGCAGCCCAUGGGAUACCCGGGACAGCCGCCGGCACCGUAUCCAGGGCAGCAGCCCCUGCCCACGCCGACGAUGCCCAGUUAUCCCGCUGGGAAUCCGUCUGUGCCCUCCUUCCCGGGCCCGGCAACGCCUGCAGUGACUCCAUAUGGAAACCGAGGCACAAUCACUGAUGCACCAGGAUUUGACCCCAUGAGGGAUGCAGAAGUCUUGAGGAAGGCCAUGAAGGGAUUUGGAACCGACGAGCAGGCCAUUAUAGAUUGCCUUGGAAGUCGCUCAAAUAAGCAGCGACAACAGAUCAUGCUGUCCUUCAAAACGGCUUAUGGAAAGGAUUUGAUCAAGGAUCUCAAGUCUGAGCUAUCAGGCAACUUUGAGAGGACAAUCUUAGCAAUGAUGAAGACGCCUGUCAUGUUUGAUGCUUAUGAGAUCAAGGAAGCUAUAAAGGGUGUUGGCACGGAUGAGAACUGCCUCAUUGAGAUCCUGGCUUCUCGCAGUAACGAGCACAUUAAGGAACUCAACAGGGUCUAUAAAGCAGAAUUUAAGAAGACUCUGGAGGAAGCAAUCAGAAGUGACACAUCAGGGCACUUUCAGCGGCUUCUAAUUUCACUUUCUCAGGGUAACAGAGAUGAAAGUACAAACGUUGACAUGUCUCUCGUCCAAAGAGAUGUGCAGGAGCUAUAUGCAGCUGGAGAGAACCGUCUGGGGACCGAUGAGUCCAAAUUCAAUGCCAUUCUGUGUGCAAGAAGCAGGGCCCACCUCACAGCAGUUUUCAGUGAAUACCAGAGGAUGUGUAACCGGGACAUUGAGAAAAGCAUAUGUCGGGAGAUGUCUGGAGACCUGGAAAAGGGCAUGCUGGCCGUAGUUAAGUGUCUCAAGAACACACCAGCGUUUUUUGCAGAAAGAUUGCAGAAGGCAAUGAAGGGGGCAGGGACGAAGGACAGGACUCUGAUCCGCAUCAUGGUGUCGCGCAGCGAGGUCGACCUGCUGGACAUCCGUGCCGAGUACAAGCGCAUGUAUGGGAGAUCCCUCUACGCGGAUAUCACCGGCGAUACUUCAGGAGACUACCGGAAAAUUCUCCUCAAGUUGUGUGGUGGAAAUGACUAAAUGGAGCAUUGCGGGCUUUUUGUUUUGUGUGUGUUUUGUUUUUAAAGCUGCUAUUUUCAAGUUUUUGCUUUAAAGUAUCCUUUCCCCUCAAAAAAGUACACGUAGCAAGAAGUAUUUUUCCUAAUGCUGUGUUAUUUCUAAAGUUCACUUUCCAGAUCUUUCCUUUCACUCAAAAAUAAUAUAAAUGUAAUAAAUACCAAAGAAAAAAAGAUCGAGCUUGUUUACCAUCUGUUAAGGAUUUUUAAGCACUCUCGCUAAUCAGUGAUUGACAAGUCAUUCUUUCUGCUUAUGAUACUCUAAUUUCUGGAGCAAAAAUCAUAUUGUAUGAUUUAAGGUUUUAUUUUGUACAAACAUGUGCCAUUUUAGUGCCAGUUCUAUGUACAUUGCACGCAGUGGUUGUUUCAUGGUAACCUAUUCCCUGAUAGGUGAAAAGAACAACCUUAAAUUUGUUUUGGUCUCGUUAAGAUUGUUCUAAAGAGGUUUUAUCAAGUUCUAUCUUGUUUGUUUGUUCGUCUAUUUUUAAGGAAGAUAUAUUCUACAUUUUGUUUUCAGUAGGGCAGCUGUUAAGAGGCAGUUGUUGCUGACGAGUAAAGAUUCUCUAGUUAAUGU